UGGCAGUAAAGCACACCACCGUUCCCCAUUUUCUCCCCACAACCCUUCCCAAUUCCCCAUUCACAGUCCCACCUCAGCACCCACUCCGCUCUGUCGUCUCUAUCUCUCUCUCUCUCUCUCUCUAAAUCUAUGGACCCGGUUCUGGCGGCGACGUUUCCUCAGCCGCACAUGCUCGCCUCCACCACCGCCGCCACCACCACCACCGCCACACCCAUCCCCCCAACCGCCGUCACUGAAGCUGACAACCACAUACCUCACCAAACAAACCACCCGCCUUACGCCGAGAUGAUUUUCGCGGCGGUAACGGCUCUAAAGGAGAAGAACGGCUCCAGCAAGAGGGCCAUAGCCAAGUACAUAGAGCGAGUCUACUCGGGCCUCCCGCCCACCCACUCGGCCUUGUUGACUCACCACCUCAAGCGCUUGAAGAACGCCGGUCUUCUCGUCAUGGUCAAGAAAUCCUACAAGCUCCCUAGAUCUGAUGCGCCUUCUUCCGCUCCUCUUCCUGGGCCGGGCCGGGGCAGGGGACGUCCUCCCAAGCCCAAGCCCACUCCCACUCCCAAUCUGGAGCCCAAUGCCCAGCCGGUUCUCGUCGCUCUUGGGCUUGUUGAUGAGCCCAAUGCGCAGCCGGUGGUGGCCAAGAGGGGCCCGGGUCGUCCGCGGAAGAGCGGGCCGGUGGGGCAGGCGGGGCCCGCCAAGAGGGGCCGAGGGCGUCCACCUGGAGCCGUGGGAGUCAAGCCUAGGUUGACGAAGAGGACUCCGAAGCCCAAGUCAGUGACGGCUGUGAUGGGCCCUCAUGGGCUGAAGAGAGGCCGUGGGCGCCCUCCGAAGGCCCAGCUCCAGACCAUGGUUAUUCCUUUCGCUCCCAACAAUUUCCCAGCUGUAGCGCCGGUAGCAGAUCUGCCGAAGCCUAGGGGCCGGCCCAAGAAGGACGCGGCAGCUCCGGGGGCUGUUGUUGCUGAUGUUGUUGGCGUCCCCCUGAAACCCAAGAAGUCCACCGGAAGGCCUGUCGGCCGGCCCAAAAAGGAAAAGAGUGCGGCAUUUGCCAUGCCUGCAGUACCAGAAAUGCAACCGAUUGCCUAUGUAGAUCUGAAGAGGAAACUUGAAUAUAUUCAAUCUAAAGUCAAGGAAGUUGUUGGUGUGCUGAAGCCCCAGAUUACGAACGAAAGCGCAAUCAGUGUAGUGGCAGCUAUCGAAGAGUUAGAAGGGCUUGCAUCAAUGGACAUUAUUACUGCACCAUUACAAGUUGAGCCCCAACAGCUGCAACAGCCCCAGCAGCUGCAACAGCCCCAGCAGCUGCAACAUCCCCAACAACUGCAACAGCAGCCCCAACAACAGCCUUCGCCCCAUUAUUAGUAAGAAUUCUGUGAAAAUCAUGACCUUGUUUGCGAGGAUCAAGAUUGAGCCUCAUUGUGAGGAUUCAAUAAGCUGUCCCUUUUUUUUUUCUUUUAAGUGUUUUAACAUAGAACAAGAGGGAAAUGAUCUGUAAAGGGAAUAGGAAGUAGCAAAACUAAUUUGUCAUUGAUGGUGAAGAUGGACCAUGUCCAUUAAUGUUGUUGUUUUUUAACUUCGGAAUGACCAUGACGCUCCCUUUCUUUCUUUUUGUUUUUUUGGUAGUUGUAAAAUGGGCAGACAUGCCCUUCUUCAAUGCCUCUGCAAAAUGUGUUCUGUUCUUUCAA